AUGCCCCCCGACAUGCCUUUCAAGCCAGCGCUCAUUGUAGUCGACAUGCAGAAUGACUUUUGUCCUCCUGACGGAUCGCUCGCAGUGCCAGGAGGCCGAGAGAUUGUACCACUGAUCAACGAGCUCCUUGCCUCUCCCAUGUUCGAGGUGAAGGUGAGCACUCAAGACUGGCAUCCCAGCGACCACAUCUCAUUCGCGGCCAACCACACCGCGCCGAACAACAAGCCGUUCGAGUCUUUCAUCGAGAUGAAGAACCUGGUGGGAAACCGGCCAGAGCAAACCAUGAUGCAGCGACUGUGGCCGGUCCACUGCGUGCAAGGCACGCGGGGCGCCGAGAUCAUCGACGAGCUGGACGUGUCGAAAGUCGACGUCAAUGUGAGGAAGGGCAUGGACGCCCGCGUCGAGAUGUACUCUGCCUUCUCCGAUUCUUUUGGCAACAUGACCGAAGGCGCCGGCGGCGUCGACUUGGAUCUCGCCUCGUUCCUACACGCCCGUCAUAUCACCCACGUCUAUGUCGUCGGCUUGGCUGGAGACUACUGCGUCAAAGAUACCGCGAGAGGCGCCGCAAAGGCUGGUUUUGCAACUUACGUGAUUGAAGACGCUCAAAGGUGUGUCGACCCGGACCCUGCAGCGUGGGCCGAGGUGAAGCGCGUCUUGCAGCAAGACUCGGUCGAGGUCGUCCAUGCUCAAAGCAAUGAGGUUCGACGAGUCCUGCAACCUUGCGGGCAGCUAUAA